AUGGGCCAGGACACCACGGGCAGCAAGGAGCGGUUUCACUGGCAGAGCCACAAUGUCAAGCAGAGCGGAGUGGAUGACAUGGUCCUGCUCUCCAAAAUCUCCGAGGAUGCUAUUGUGGAAAAUCUUAAAAAGCGCUUCAUGGAUGAUUACAUCUUCACCUACAUUGGCUCGGUGCUCAUCUCAGUCAAUCCCUUCAAGCAGAUGCCUUACUUCACGGACCGGGAGGUUGAGCUGUACCAAGGAGCGGCUCAGUAUGAAAAUCCACCCCACAUCUACGCUCUGACCGACAACAUGUACCGGAACAUGCUGAUCGACGGAGAGAACCAGUGCGUCAUUAUCAGUGGGGAAAGCGGGGCUGGAAAAACGGUGGCAGCCAAAUACAUUAUGGGCUACAUUUCCAAAGUGUCCGGCGGUGGAGAGAAAGUGCAGCACGUGAAAGACAUCAUCCUGCAGUCCAACCCUCUGCUGGAAGCCUUUGGGAACGCCAAAACUGUCCGGAACAACAACUCCAGCCGAUUUGGGAAAUACUUUGAAAUCCAGUUCAGCCGGGGCGGUGAGCCGGAUGGAGGGAAGAUCUACAACUUCCUGCUGGAGAAAUCCAGGGUGGUGAACCAGAAUGAGAGCGAGAGGAACUUCCACAUCUACUACCAGCUCAUUGAAGGGGCCUCCCAGGAGCAGCAGCAGAACCUGGGGAUCAUGACCGCCGAUUAUUACUACUACCUGAACCAGUCCGAAACCUACAAGGUGGACGGCACCGAUGACCGGAGCGACUUCCACGAGACCAUGAACGCCAUGCAGGUGAUAGGCAUCGCCAGAGCGGACCAGCAGCUGGUGUUACAGAUCGUGGCUGGAAUUCUGCACCUGGGCAACAUUAACUUCCGAGAAGAGGGCAACUAUGCCCAGGUGGAGAACCCUGACUUGCUGGCCUUCCCUGCCUACCUGCUGGGGAUUGAUAAGGACAGGCUUAAUGACAAGAUCACCAGCAGGAAGAUGGACAGCAAAUGGGGCGGCCGGUCGGAGUCGAUCAACGUGACCCUGAAUGUGGAGCAGGCGUCCUACACCCGCGACGCCCUGGCCAAGGGGCUCUACUUGCGGGUCUUUGACUUCCUCGUGGAGUCCAUUAACAGGGCCAUGCAGAAGCCCAAUGAGGAGUACAGUAUCGGGGUGCUGGAUAUCUACGGCUUUGAAAUAUUCCAGAAAAACGGCUUUGAACAAUUCUGCAUUAACUUUGUGAAUGAGAAGCUGCAGCAGAUCUUUAUCGAGCUGACCCUUAAAGCGGAGCAGGAAGAGUAUGUGCAGGAGGGGAUCAAGUGGACCCCGAUCCAGUAUUUCAAUAACAAAGUGGUGUGUGACCUGAUAGAGAACAAGCUGAAUCCUCCUGGGAUCAUGAGCGUCCUCGAUGACGUCUGUGCCACCAUGCAUGCGACGGGGGAAGGGGCGGACCAAACCCUCCUGCAGAAGCUCCAGGCGGCGGUGGGAACUCAUGAGCACUUUAACAGCUGGAACUCGGGCUUUGUAAUCCACCACUAUGCAGGCAAGGUCUCCUAUGACGUGAAUGGCUUUUGUGAACGGAACCGCGACGUGCUUUUCACCGACCUGAUUGAGCUCAUGCAGAGCAGCGAACAUGCUUUCAUCCGGAUGCUUUUCCCAGAAAAACUAGAUGCCGACAAGAAGGGCCGACCGACCACGGCCAGCUCCAAGAUCAAGAAACAGGCCAACGACCUGGUGAACACGCUCAUGAAGUGCACGCCACACUACAUCCGCUGCAUCAAACCCAACGAGACCAAGAGACCCAAGGACUGGGAGGAAAGCAGGGUGAAGCACCAAGUGGAAUAUCUGGGGCUGAAAGAGAACAUCCGCGUACGUAGGGCAGGAUUUGCCUAUCGACGGGUCUUUCACAAGUUUCUACAAAGGUACGCCAUCCUGACGGCAGAGACAUGGCCAUGCUGGCGCGGGGACGAGCGCCAGGGCGUGCAGCACUUGCUGCGGUCGGUUAACAUGGACGCCGACCAGUAUCAGAUGGGCCGGAGCAAGGUCUUCGUCAAGAACCCAGAAUCGCUCUUUCUGCUGGAGGAGAUGCGGGAGCGGAAGUUUGAUGGCUUUGCCCGAGUUAUCCAGAAGGCCUGGCGGAAGCACAUCGCCAUCCGGAAGUAUGAACAGAUGCGAGAGGAGGCUUCCCACAUCCUGUACAAUUUCAAGGAGAGGAGGAAGAACAGCAUCAACCGGAAUUUUGUGGGCGAUUAUCUGGGCAUGGAGGACAGGCCUGAGCUGCGUCAGUUCAUGGGGAAGAGGGAGCGGAUAGACUUCGCCGACUCGGUCACCAAGUACGACCGGAGAUUCAAGGCCAUCAAGCGUGACUUCAUCCUGACCCCCAAGUACUUCUACCUGAUUGGCCGCGAGAAGGUCAAGAAGGGUCCCGAGAAAGGCCAGAUCAAGGAGGUGCUGAAGAAGAAGGUGGAGAUCCAGGCCAUCUGCAGAGUCUCCCUCAGCACGAGGCAGGACGACUUCUUCAUCCUCCACGAGGAGGAAGCCGACAGCUUCCUGGAGUCCAUCUUUAAGACAGAGCUCAUCAGCCUGCUGUGCAAACGCUACGAGGAGCUGACCCAGCGCAAGCUGCAGCUCAGCUUCGCUGACACACUACAGUUCCGGGUGAAGAAGGCAGGGUGGGGUGGAGGCGGCACGCGCAGCGUCACAUUCCUGAGGGGCCAGGGCGACGUGGCCGUCUUCAAAGCAGGAGGCAAGACCCUGACGGUCAGCAUUGGGGACGGGCUCCCCAAGAACUCCAAGCCCACUAAGAAAGGGAUCCAGCAGAGCAGAGGCCACCGCAAGCAACCGGCGCCCUCCAGAGGUGCCCCACAAGCCCCAAGAGGGACCUGCAGGAACGGCGCUGCCCAGUUCCCCCGUAAUGACACCCGGCAGCGGGAGCAGGUGUACACCAUGACCCAGAAACAGGCGCAGGGGCCUCCCGCCGCCAUGCUGCCCAAACAGGGCGUGAGCCGCAGGACCAAGGCGAGACCCCCCUCGGAGCAAAACUUGGAGUUCCUGAAUGUGCCCGACCAAGGGGCGGCAGGCAUGCAGAGGAAGAGAAGCGUCAACCAACGGCCCCCUCCGGCGGGACGCCCCAAGCCCCAGCCCAAGGUCACCCGCCCGUCCUGCCAAGCUCUAUAUCAGUACAUCGGGCAGGACGUGGAUGAGCUCAGCUUCAACGUCGGCGACGUCAUCGACAUCCUGCUGGAAGAUCCCUCCGGAUGGUGGAAAGGUCGGCUGCAUGGCAAAGAAGGGCUCUUCCCUGGGAAUUACGUGAAGAAGAUCUGA